UGCUGCUGCCGCUGCUCCACCAAACAUUAUCUCUUUAAAUGAGAAGACGCUGACGCGCUGCGUGCGUGCGUGCGUGAGCUGCGUGCGUGCGCUGCGUACGCCUGUUUGUGCAGAGGAGAGAGAGAGAGAGAGAGAGAGAGAGAGAGAGGAAAACACCAGAGUCAGAUGUGAACGCUUGUGCAGAGAGCAGCUCGUGUGUCGGUUCUCUUCCUCUUCCUCUUCCUCCUCCUCUCACGUUGGACUGGAUGUCAUCGUGAAGCGCGCGCGCGCGGCUCCUCCUCUUGUGUGUGCGGGCUGUGAGAGCGCAUCUCAUCUUCGCCUCCUGCUCGGAUGUAACAGGCAGGGCAGCGUCCGAAUAAUUAUUUAUUUCUUCCUCGCGCCGCAUCCUCGGCAGGAACGUGAUCGAGAGGCAGCAGCGGAAAGCGCGUGCAUGGAUCAUGGAUUAAUGGCCGAGUGAAUUUUCAUCUAAGAGGUUCCCGAUGUUGAACAUGUCCACCCCCAACGACCUGAAGUCUGCCUGCGUGACUCGCAACGGUAUGGUGAAGUUGCCCCCCAGCCAGCCCAACGGUCUGGGCAGCGCGAGUAUCACUAAGGGGACACCGGCUGCCAAGAACCGCCUGUGCCAGUCGUCCUCGGUUCCCUCCAUCCUGCCUCCUCCGACAUCCUCCCUUUCCUACCACCACCACCUGGACGGAUCCGGCAUGCCCCGCUCCGCAGCCUCUCUCCUCAGCUCGGACCUGGAGUCUGGAAAGACUCUGAUGGGUCUGAAGCCGUCCCUUCGCCAGCUCCCCCCUCUCAAUCUGCCCAGACCCGUGCUGCUGGAGCGCCAGCUCGUCCUGGAUGAGAAGCUGCUCAAUCGAUUGCUCUGGUACUUCAACACCAGUGAAAAAUGUGUGCUUGCACAGGUGUGCAAGACGUGGCGCAAAGUGCUGUACCAGCCCAAGUUCUGGGAGGGCGUGACACCCAUCUUACAUGCCAAGGAGCUGUACACGCUGCUGCCUAACGGUGAGAAGGAGUUUGUCAGUCUGCAGGCGUUCGCCCUGCGUGGCUUUCAGUCCUUCUGCUUAGUGGGCGUGUCAGACCUGGACAUUUGUGAGUUCAUCGACAACUACCCACUGUCCAAGAAGGGCGUCCGCUCCGUCAGCCUCAAGAGGUCCACCAUCACGGACGCUGGUUUGGAGGUCAUGUUGGAGCAGAUGCAGGGCUUGAUGCACCUGGAACUGUCCGGCUGCAACGACUUCACGGAGGCCGGUCUGUGGUCCAGUCUGAACGCCCGGCUCACUUCCCUCAGCGUCAGUGACUGUAUCAACGUGGCGGACGACGCCAUCGCUGCUAUCUCACAGCUCCUACCCAACCUCUCAGAGCUGAGCCUGCAGGCUUACCAUGUCACAGACACAGCCAUGGCCUACUUCACAGCCAAACAGGGCUACACCACCCACACUCUGCGAUUACACUCCUGCUGGGAGAUCACCAAUCACGGAGUGGUCAACAUGGUGCACAGCCUCCCUAACCUGACGGCCCUCAGCCUCUCCGGAUGCUCAAAGAUCACAGACGACGGCGUGGAGCUGGUUGCUGAGAACCUGCGGAAGCUGCGCAGUCUGGAUCUGUCCUGGUGUCCUCGGAUCACUGACAUGGCUCUGGAGUACAUCGCAUGUGACCUUCAUAAACUGGAGGAGCUGGUGUUAGACAGGUGUGUGCGGAUCACAGACACUGGCUUAGGCUACUUGUCCACCAUGUCAUCAUUAAGGAGCCUUUAUUUGCGCUGGUGCUGUCAGGUGCAAGACUUUGGACUGCAGCAUUUGUUUGGAAUGAGGAGUCUUCGUCUUCUGUCACUUGCAGGCUGCCCCCUGCUGACCACCACUGGUCUGUCCGGCCUCAUCCAGCUGCAGGACCUGGAGGAGCUCGAGUUGACCAACUGCCCGGGAGCCACCGCCGAGCUCUUCAAAUAUUACUCCCAGCACCUUCCCCACUGCAUGGUCAUUGAGUAAGACCACCGUCCCGAGCCGAUGACCAACUGUCAUGCUUCGACCUUCCUCCCAUCUUUACUCUUCCUCACACCCCCUCAAUGCUAACAGGAGACUGAAUUGAUCCUACAGUACCACACCAUUCCUCAUCACCUGUCCCCCACCCCGUGUCUUCCUCCACACUAACUGAGAGGCAGGAGGGCAGACGAUGUCACCGAUGGCAUUAAAGCUUCAUUUAAGGAGACGCUGGAAUGAAGAGCUUGAUGUGACGUCUUGUCCAACAGCACUUUUUUCUGGGAAUCAAUGAAAAGGUUUUGUUUGCAGAGAAUAGUGAUCUUGUUUGUGCUAAAUGGAAACUAUAAAGGGAGUCACAUGUGCAGGUAAAUAUGCAGCUUAUAGAAAUUGGCAGAAGGGAAAAUAGACCUUUGUGUUUGAGCUGAUAUGGUGGAACUCACACACAUGCUCAUACAUGUUCUGUAUAUGGUAAGUGAACAAACGUCUGUCUCUCCAAGACCAUCAGUUCUGAUAUUUCUAUCUCCAUCACUAUGUAUGAUAAACUCCUGGUUUUCUAUUUCUCAGAGGGAAUCAAAGGCUGGGUAUUCUUUGUUUAGAGAGAGAGAGAGACACCACGUGUUCGCAGGAGCGACAUGAAUCAGAAACAACACGAGACGCAGAUGAGGACAUGAAUGACAGAAACAGGACAUCACUUCUUCUCCUUUCCUCUGGACUCACAGCUUUUUGGGAUGCUACCAAAUUUUCCAUAUUUAUUUGAUGUCUUAACAGAGGUAAAAAGGACACAUUUUAAGGGGGACAUGAGUUUCCAUUGUUUCUGUUUUGGAGUUGCAUGCUUUAUUGCAGGCAUUUGUUUCUCUCCUGUCGCCAUCUUUCAUUCUACAUAUGUCAUUUAAUUUAUUAAGUCUGAAGGAACAGCUGUGCUAAAUGAUGAAUGUUAUGUUGUUUAAAGGGAAACAUGAUUUUCUGCUGAGCUUCAAAUGCUUUUUCUCAGAUGAUGGUUAGAAAUGUACCAUAAAGAGUAAAGAAGGUGAACAUGCGACUAAAAUGCACGCUGAUAACAUCAUGUUUCCAAGUAACCAGGGAUUUCUUUUAUUUAUAUCGUUUAUUUAUUUUAUUAUUUAUUUGGGGUGAUGUACGUUUAGGGUGCAUUUGGUUGAUGUGCAAUUAAAUGGCUUUUAAAUGCAGAUAAAAACACGUGAGGUCCAGUAGGUGCAUCUAAAGCUGCUGCUGAUGCAACAUGUGACACCUUUGGCGACAGUCAGGUGACUUCAAAGGUGACAUUUAUUUGAUAUUGUGAAAUGGACAGACAAGGGCCACUGUGAUGUAUCAUUUUAAACUAUAUAUAUAUAUAUAUAUAUAUAUAUAUAUAUAUAUAUAUAUAUAUUUUAUUUAACUUGUGGGAACUAAAAAGGUUUUUUCCUACAAACCCAGAGUCAGAGAAAUGCUGCUGCCACGACAACAACAUGUUACAAGAAUAAACAUCAGAUGGAAACAACACAACAUUAUAAGCCGUGUUUAAGUUGUAAGUAGCCAUAGAGUCAUCGGUUAUAAUUAUACGACACAUUUGAAAUGAUAGCUUAACAUGGAUCCACCCCGAAAACUGAUCUGAUAAUUAAUAAUUAAAACAUCAGAGAGCAUCUGAUUCUGGGUGAGAAGGAAGAACAACCAAAGAAUGCAUUUAGAGGGAAAUAAAGUCACAAAGUUGCAAAGGAAAAACCAAUAAAGAGAGUCCUGGUGUUUCCCACCGUCCCGUGA